AGGGCGGCCAUGCACUGAGCAGGGAGUUUCAGUUGUGCUGGUGUUUAUCGAGGAGGUUACGAGCCCGGGGAGCUUGGAAACCACCCUCACAACCCUUUCUCUGCUGUAAUCUGCCGAGGGGAAGCACUUCACGGUAGCGCUGCCACCAGCUGCUUCGCCGAAGCCGCCUGGGUCUGGGGGAGAUUUUGGCACCGCGCCCGAUGGAAGCUGCCGCCCGCAAGGAAACCCCGAGGUGCGCUGGGGCGAGCUGCUGCACUGCUCGUGACAUCCUGAGGCUGCUGAUGGAGCCCGACGGCUCAGGACGGGGCUGUGGCUGCCUGUUGCUGCUGCGCGCAUGCUGCUGACUCAGAGCUGAGCGUCGGCAGCCCGCUGAGUGAGCAAGGAAUCAGGCUUGGACUUCGUCCCCGGGGUGUCAGAGCUUUGUGCCGGCACCCGUGGGACUCCAGGAGGGCUGCGUGCCCCCCAGCAGGGAGCUAACGAUUAGCACUGGGGAUUUAUGUUACCACUUUCCAUUUUUUCUUUCGGUUUUUCAUGAGAAGAACAGGCUGCGGCCAUGCAGACGGAAGCAGACUGCCUGAGCCCAGAAGCUCAGAAACUGGCUGAAGCAAGGCUGGCGGCGAAGCGAGCGGCGCGGGCAGAGGCACGGGAGAUCCGAAUGAAGGAGCUGGAGCGGCAGCAGAAGGAGAUCUAUCAAGUUCAGAAGAAAUAUUAUGGUCUGGAUACUAAGUGGGGCGACAUCGAGCAGUGGAUGGAAGACAGUGAGCGUUACUCCCGUAGAGCCCGAAGAAAUGCCUCGGCUUCGGAUGAAGAUGAGCGCAUGUCAGUGGGUAGCCGUGGAAGCCUGAGGUCUCACUUGGAGUAUGCCAGCACCUAUCCAGUGGCUGGAUUAGAGAAUGAGAGGACCAAAAGGAAGAACUACUCCAAAGCAACUAAUGGUUAUGAGGAAGACGCGUACGGAUCGUCCCAGAGUAGAAAAUCUAGCAGGGCUUCCUACUAUCCCGACCUGGGCCUCCACAACCCUGGCUAUGCUUCCACAUCUCAGCCUUCCUCCCAAAAUGGAAAUUUGCCCUCCUUGCUGUACAGCGAUGCCCUGCCAGCCAGAAGUUACAGGGCGUCUGUGUAUGACGAGAGCGUUUACAGUGGGAGCCGUCGGUAUAGUGCCUCUAGUUCUCGUGCUCCUUCAGAGUACAGCUGCUACCUUGGGUCAGGAUCUCGGGCAUCCUCAAGAGCCAGCUCUGCUCGAGCCAGUCCUGUGAUCGAGGAAAGGCCAGAAAAAGACUUCGAGAAGGGAGCACGGACCGUCUCGAGUUUAUCAGCAGCUACGUUAGCUUCUCUAGGUGGGACAUCUUCACGAAGAGGCAGCGGGGAUACGUCCAUCUCAGCAGAUACGGAGGCAUCAAUUAGAGAAAUAAAGGAUAUCUAUGAGUUAAAGGACCAGAUUCAGGAUGUAGAAGGCAGAUACAUGCAGGGACUGAAAGAAAUGAAGGACUCUUUAGCCGAAGUUGAAGAGAAAUAUAAAAAGGCUAUGGUGUCAAAUGCUCAACUAGACAAUGAAAAAACAAAUUUCAUGUACCAAGUAGAUACCCUGAAGGAUGCCCUGUUAGAGUUAGAAGAACAGCUGGCAGAAUCCAGGAGGCAAUAUGAAGAAAAAAGUAAAGAAUUUGAGAGAGAGAAGCAUGCUCAUAGCAUAUUGCAGUUUCAGUUCAUGGAAGUCAAAGAGGCUUUGAAGCAAAGAGAAGAAAUGCUUGCAGAAAUCCAACAGCUGCAACAGAAACAGCAGAGCUAUGUCAGGGAAAUUUCUGAUCUUCAGGAGACAAUAGAGUGGAAAGACAAAAAAAUAGGGGCGUUAGAGAGGCAGAAAGAUUUCUUUGAUUCCCUAAGGAGUGAGCGGGAUGACCUUAGAGAUGAAGUGUUUGUGCUGAAGGAGCAACUGAAGAAACAUGGAAUAAUCCCAGACUCUGACGUAGCUACCAAUGGGGAGACAUCUGACAUACUUGAUAACGAAAGACACUUGGAUUCUUCCAAAACUGCUCAAGGCACAACGCAGGCGUUAAAGACAGCAGGGGACGGGAUGUUAGGCAAAACCAAUGAAGUGGACAUGAAAAAUGAGAUUUUGGAGGAUGUGGGGAAAAGAGAAAUCUUGCAGAAUACUGAGCAUGAGGAACACAAAGAGGAGUCUGAGGAGCAGGAAGUACAGACAUUGCAUGCUGAUGAAAACACAGAGGCAGAAAAAGUGAUUGAAGAAACCGAUGCCGGGUCAACAGCGAUGUUACCAGAUAGUAGGCUUACAGAACAAAACCAAAGCCUUGCAGAACCUGUGUCAGGGAAUGCUUCUUCAAACGAUGAUAGUGACGCAGAUGAUUUGAGAAAGGAGGCAGAGUCAGCAGACACAGCAGCCCCACAGCCUGUUAGCGAGGAGGCCGAAUGCAGUAACUCACAUCCAAGGACAAAUCAGACCUCAGAGGUGAGCUCAGUGCAGGGUCAGGAUUUUGAGAGUCCUCAGGAAAUGCCCAGAGACUUAGGUACAGAGCAUGAACUGGAAAAAGCUGCUCCAGAACAGGAAGAACGAGAGGAUGUGGAGACUAGCCAUGCACUGAGUGCUAGUGACGUGGAACAAGCAGCUGACACUGCAGCUAACAGCUGUGAGUCAGUUUCUGACCAGCCAGAGCUACCAGGGUCUGAAGUAGCAGGCUCCCUGAGCGAAGAGGUGAAUGUGGAGAGUCACCCUGAGACACUCCAGCAUGUGGAAGAAAGUGCUGAGGACAAAGUUACAAAUGUGCUGGAGGAAAAGCUCCUUGAAAGCAAAGACUGCACUGAUGGGACAGCUGAUGAGAAGGGAGGUGAUAGAGCUGAAGAGGAAGAUGAGGUGGGGAAUACAGCUCAGGGUCAGGCAACAGAAAGGGAUUCCGUGGGUUUGGAGGGGAAGGAGUCCCAUGAAAGUGGUGUCCCAGCAGAUAAAAGUGAAAAAGAGGAGGGAGGAGAUCAGGCAUGCAUUCAGCCAGCUUCCUCAGAGGAUGUUCAUUUAGCAUUGUUAGAGGAACAGAAUAUGCAAGAGAAAACAGAACUUAAAGCUGCUGAGGAAGACAGACAGAAAGAAGUACUGAUGGAAAACCUGGAGGUGUGUUCAGAUUCUGCAGGAACAGGCAAGCAGGAGGAAGCACCUGCGGAGUCUGUGGGCUCUGGUACCGAGGUGAAAGAAAAUGUGCUGCAGCAGGCAGAGCCAGGCCCAGACGUUGUGAAAGAAAUGGCAUCUCAGGAAAGCAGUUCAGACCCAAGGGUUUUAGAUGACAAAAUUCAGGAAUCAGAAAUGGAAAUACAAUGUGAGUCUGGGAAAAGAGAGGAAAGUAGGGCAGAACAGGUGGAAGACUUAGAACCAAAGGUGGAACUUCAGACAGUUCAGUGUAGUAAAGACACAACAGGAGAUCCAGUGGGAGAGAAAAAUAGCUCUUCAGAAGAUGAAGCACAGGAUGCAGGUGAGCAAGAGGAAGGCGAAGCACAGGAUGCAGGUGAGCAAGAGGAAGGCGAAGCACAAGCUGUAGUGCAGCAAGAGGAAGGCGAAGCACAAGCUGUAGUGCAGCAAGAGGAAGGUGAAGCACAAGCUGUAGUGCAGCAAGAGGAAGGUGAAGCACAAGCUGUAGUGAAGCAAGAGGAAGGUGAAGCACAGGAUGCAGGUAAGCAAGAGGAAGGUGAAGCACAAGCUGUCGUGCAGCAAGAGGAAGGAGAAGCACCAGCUGUAGUAAAGCAAGAGGAAAGUGAAUCUAAAGAGGAGUUCACUGUAGAUCUUAGUGGAAAUAGUGAAAACCAAGCUGAUAAAGAAAAACUGAAAGAAGAUGAGAAACAGUUAGAGCUUGCAAACCCCCACGGUGAUGGAUUUGCUCCUGAGGGUGAUGCAAAUAAUUGUCUUGCACAGAAAGCUGAGAUGGAUGAAAAUAUGAGUGAGCGAGUUAGCUUGGAGGCUCAAGCAGAGGAAGAACUAGAAGAUGAUGGUGAUGCAUUUGACUUCGAUGAAGAAUCAAAACAGAUACUGGAAACUGAUGAAAAAUCUGAUGAUGGAGAGAAAGCUGAUACACAGAAUGGGGAGGAUGAUGGAGCAAAUGGCGAGGUCAAAAAAACUGCCCAAGCAAGUGAAGCUGGAAAAAGAACUGGUGAAAUAGAAACCGAAGUCCCCUUGACUGAAGAUGACAGCUUACGGCAUAAGAACGGAGACCAGUCUGGAGAAGCAGGGCACUUGCAAGGGGAAGCGUCGUCACUGAAAACUGAUGAGAAGGCCGAUGUGUUGGAAGAUGAAAGUAAAGCAUCAGAUUCUAAUGAAGUGGAAAAAAUACCAGAUGUUUCAGAACAGGAUUUGGAAAGUGCUUACAGGGCAGAAAGCAAAGAGGAUUUGCAAGGUGGUAGAAGGGGUAAGGGUAAAUCUAGAGAUGACUGUACAAUAUCCUAAGUUAAAAAUCUCAGGCUACACGAGAUACAUGCCAUUUGAUCAGUCUCAGUACAGAAGCAUGCACUUUGCACAACAGAUCAGGCCUUAGGAAUAUAGGCAUACUCUUAAGGUGUUUUUUUUCCUUAUAGGUAACUCUCAUCAUAAUACACUGCCAGGUCGUAUAAGUGGUAAUGAUGCAACUAUUAAGUUAUUCACUGACGUACCUAGCCACAAAAAAUCAUGCGUGGGUUUGGUUUUGCUGUGUCUCAGGUUAAAUGUUACCAAAAGAGCAAGCUUCACAAACGAGCUAUGCGGUCUAUCUUGCAGUUAAAGUACUUUUAGUGUGAAUAACUGCUACUGAGGAACUUUUAUAUGAAAUUCCUCCUUUCUAGCCUACUCUAAUGAUAGGUUAUCUGAAUGUACUUCCGUGUGCAUUAGAUCGACAGUAUGUUAACGCCUUGUCAUGAAGGAACUCAGUAGCUCAGCAACACUGAGAUCUAAUGUUGAAACUUGUUGCUGAAUGAUUAAAGCCCAGGAACCAAUUUUUUGUUGCUGUGGAACAAGAUAAUGUCAUUCCACUUUUUGUAUCUUUCUAAUAUGGACAUAUUCCAAAGUAUCAAUCACUGUGAAUGCGCUUAGUCUAAACUCUUUGGAGGAACAAUUCACAUUUUGAAGGAAGUACAGCAUGCAGGUUGCUAAAAGGAGCAAAUAUAUUAUUGUUUACUUCAUCUAGGCACUUUGCACCACAAUAGGCCUUUUACACCAUGUCUCACAUGGUUUUUUUCCUAAGCAAGUAUCAGUACACACUGUAACAUGUGCUUAGGUUUGCUAUUCAGUACUGUCUAGCUAUGAAUAUUACAAAAUACUUAUUUUUCCAAGAAGGUUUUUGUUUAAAAUUGCAUUCCUUACUGCAUUAUAUAUAUAUAUAUAUAUAUUUCCAAAAUAUUAUUCUGAAAGAAUGUUUUUUUUCCUCUGAAAAAUUCUUUCCUCCUCUUUUUCUGGAGAGAAGAUAACUUUGGAUGUCUUAGUCCUUACUGGGUGUUAGACUAAAGACUGUUGUUGUUUUCUGUACUAGCCCCCCGAGCCUUUUUGAAAAGCAGGAGUACUUUGAAUUGUUGGCUUGAACUAGGCACUUCGACUCACUGCUAUAUUUUGUGCAUCUUUUGUAGUGCUUGGGAGGAAGAGCAUGUUUUGCAUAAGUUGUGUUAAGCAGUGAACAUCCAAAGGGAAUGCAAACUGAGCAGUCGGGAGGGGGCUGUAGAAGGUUCUGUCUGUGUUGAUGUUACAAAGCUGAUGGAUUGCAAACAGACUGCAAAAUUUCAAGAUGUAUAUCAAAAUGUACUGAGCUGUAUAUAAUUGAAAUAAACAUAUUUUCUACUUUAAA